UAAGGGUGGGCUGCUUGCGAUGCCAUUUUCGACUUGCAGAGGACGGCCUUUAUAUAUUUAGCACAGCGCAUCGAGCUUUCGCUCAUCUGACAACUGACAGCAGAACCCAGAGCCCGUACAUCCAGCGAACCAAAAAAACAAAACAAAGAACAAUGACAGAACUUAACGCAAAUCAUUCCAGCAUGGAUGUCUCACUUGUCAUGGAUAGUGAACGAGAACUUCGUAGCUGGACUGUACAGAUAAGAAAAUUGGUUUACAUCUCCUUCGGGCUUUUAACUAUGAUCAGUAUUGCUGUACUUGUAUUGUGUGUAAUGGUCGGGUCCUACAAAUCACGUAUCGACCAUCUUACGAGAAUGGAAGAGCAGAUCAUGAAGAUGCCGUGUUCAAAUGGCUCAAAUCCAAUUACUCUGAAACCAGACAAAGUUCCAAAAUUACAAAUGAUGUUCACUGUGUAUACCCGCUGGGGGAGCAUGGAAUGUCCAGACACUGCACAACGAUUAUACAAAGGUGCGAUGGCCGGGGCACCGAUGGGUAAAACUGGAGGUGGUUCCAAUUAUCUUUGUCUUCCAGAUAAUCCAACGUACAAUUUUACAAUAAAGACCAACGAAAAUACAAGAUCGUAUAUCGCCGGCACCGAAUACAGGCUUGGUAGUCAGAAGUUCACUCCAUAUAAAGCACUUCACACACAUAAUGUUCCCUGUGCCGUUUGUCAAGCCCCACGAAGCGUCACCCUUAUGAUGCCGGCUGAUACGAAGUGCCCAAGCGGAUGGACCAAUGAAUACGAUGGAUAUCUAUGGUCGUCUAUGCACACUCACAAGCGGAAUGAAUAUGUUUGCGUCGAUAGCAAUCCUGUUGUGAUACCAGGUACGAAAACAGUAGCCCCAGACAAUGAAGUCAACUUGUUGUAUCUCGUUGAAAGCAAGUGUUCAUCUACAGGUGGUGGUGGGUUGCCUUGUUUACCGUACGAAAACAACUGGGAGUUAAGUUGUGCUGUGUGCACGAGAUAAAGAAACUGAUCAAACCAUUUCAUAUUAAUUAACUUUCCAUUCCUCCUUUAACUCUUAUAGAUAAUAUGAUUAUUACAGGAGAUAUUAAGCUAUAACAUAUCAAAACAGAUUCAAUUGCAUACAGAAUAAUGUAACGAAGAUCGAUAAUUCUUUAUAAAGUUGUUAGUACUUUUUAAUACAUUUUGAUAUCUAUUUACAUAAUUUUUUUUAUAUGUAUUUUAACCUGUUAGUGGCGGUUGUUAUCGCUGUUAGUUAGUACGAAUAAAUAAAUAAAUAAAAUAAACUCAGGGUAAAAUGCAGAUGUUCUCAAAGAUAGUAAAAGCUGAUGACGUAACGAUUAGCGUAUACUUUAGGCCUAUGAGGCCUAAAAAAUGGAGGACUCAAAAUGUCAAUACAAACAGCGUAGUUGAAAGUAAAAUGUAUAACGUAGAAUCACACUAUAUUAAACAAAAUAAUUAUUGUCAAAUCUUGUCUUUAAACAUACGCAUCUUUUCUUAGUUUAAUAACAAUUUUUUACACAUUAAAUAAUGACAUAACGGUAAUUAUAAAAGGCCAUUAAAUAAUAAUAAUAAUAAUAAUAAUAAUAAUAAUAAUAAUAAUAAUAAUAAUAAUAAUAAUAA